CGCGUUGAGCGCGGGGCAUUGUGGGAGGGGCGGCCGGUGCGGCCGCGGCUGCCAUCUUAGCAACUCCUGGCGUUGCGGCCUUGUCGUUGGAGGCGGCCUUCGCGGCGGCCCUCGACCUCAGGGAGAGACGAGAGAGUCAGCUCGCUGACCAGCUUUCUUUCCCUCGGCCUCGACAGGCCUACCGGCUCGCGUCCGGAAGCGGAGGCGCGGGUAGCCCGGCACGUGCAGGGCCCGAAGCCAGCGGUUAGUCAGAGCGUCGCCCGGAAGGAUGGGCCGGUCUCGGAGCCGGAGCUCGUCCCGCUCCAAGCACACCAAGAGCAGCAAGCACAACAAGAAGCGGAGCCGGUCCCGGUCGCGCUCUCGGGACAAGGAGCGCGUGCGGAAGCGCUCCAAGUCCCGGGAAAGUAAACGGAACCGGCGGCGGGAGUCGCGGUCCCGCUCGCGCUCCACCAACACGGCCGUGUCCCGGCGCGAGCGGGACCGGGAGCGCGCCUCGUCCCCGCCCGACCGCAUCGACAUCUUCGGGCGCACGGUGAGCAAGCGCAGCAGCCUGGACGAGAAGCAGAAGCGAGAGGAGGAGGAGAAGAAGGCAGAGUUCGAGCGGCAGCGGAAAAUUCGGCAACAGGAAAUAGAAGAAAAACUCAUCGAGGAAGAAACAGCACGAAGAGUGGAAGAACUGGUGGCCAAAAGGGUAGAGGAAGAACUGGAGAAAAGGAAGGAUGAAAUUGAGCGAGAAGUUCUCCGGAGGGUGGAGGAAGCCAAGCGCAUCAUGGAAAAGCAGUUGCUCGAAGAACUCGAGCGACAGAGACAAGCUGAGCUUGCAGCACAAAAAGCCAGAGAGGAGGAAGAACGUGCAAAACGUGAGGAGCUAGAGCGAAUACUAGAAGAGAAUAACCGAAAAAUUGCCGAAGCACAAGCCAAACUGGCUGAAGAACAGUUGAGAAUUGUUGAAGAACAAAGAAAGAUUCAUGAGGAAAGGAUGAAACUAGAACAAGAGCGACAGCGUCAACAAAAAGAAGAACAAAAAAUUAUCCUGGGCAAGGGGAAGUCCAGGCCAAAACUGUCCUUCUCGUUAAAAACCCAGGAUUAGACUGCAAACUCUGAACUUUUUACGAAGAAAUAUGGAAAAACUUUGUAUGGUAGCUUCAUGUUGAAGUGGUUUUUUUUGUUUUGUUUUAUUUUUGUUUUUUUAAUUUGGAAAAUCUGGAAAGUUAGCUUGUUUUAAUAGGGGCUAUGCUCUACAGUUCCUUUUUUUCCCCCAGCCCACCCACCCCUCAACCCCCUUACCCCCCAACCCCCUCUAACCUCCAUUAAGUCAGAUCCUUAUCAGAUCAUUGUUACCUUCUAAAAAGCGAUCUAUUUUUCACCUGUUGGACUCUGUUAGUGGUCUGAGGAAGAACAGAUCACUUUGUAAACUAUGGAUGGUCUGAUAAGGUUUUUACUGACCCACUGACUUUAGAGUUACACUCUGUUUACUACAUCAUAAUGCUGGUUUUGCUGACUUUUUGUUUUUUUAUAUAUUUAUAAAAAAAGAAAAAGUUGGUGGUUGCACUGGAAGCCCCAGGGUGUCACUGGGCCUUUGUGGUGUAUUGUUAGCCAGUGUCUCGCGAUACCGUUGCUCUUGGUGUUCCUGACACAGGUAAGGAAGCAGUUGGUCACCUCUGGCACAGGAUACAUACACAAUUCAGUAUUGUCUCUGUUCACCUGGUUUCUAUUUCAUUGACAGAAUCAAACCAGCAUUCCCCACUGUGUAAAUAAAUGAUUUUGCUGAAUAAAGUAAAGUCUUAAAUUCA